AUGGGAGCUUCAUUAGGAAAGGGUGACUCACCCAAAAAGUCGGUACCAGAAACCAAGCUUGAGGCGAAAAUGGUUGAAGCAGUGCGACGGAGGGAAUGUCAUGGAUGUUCCACGAGAUCAUUCAAUACUAUAAUUCUAAAAUUUCCCAAAAUUGACGAGAGCUUCAGAAAAUGCAGAGCCAUAUUUGAGCAGUUUGAUGAAGAUUCUAAUGGGGCAAUAGAUCAAGAAGAGUUGAAGAAAUGUUUCAGUAAGCUGGAAAUUUCUUUUUCUGAGGAAGAUAUCAAUGAUCUUUUUAAAGCAUGUGACUUUAAUGAUGAUAUGGGAAUGAAGUUCAAUGAGUUUAUUGUACUUCUUUGCCUUGUCUACCUUUUCAAAGAUGACCCUAAGGCACUUCAUGCUAAAUCACGAAUUGGCAUGCCGAAUCUGGAGGCCACAUUUGAGACGUUGGUUGAUACAUUUGUAUUCUUAGACAAGAAUAAGGACGGAUAUGUCAGCAAAAAUGAAAUGGUCCAAGCUAUAAAUGAAACCACGUCAGGGGAACGUUCUUCUGGAAGAAUAGCCAUGAAAAGAUUUGAAGAAAUGGACUGGGAUAAAAAUGGAAUGGUGAACUUCAAGGAGUUUCUUUUUGCAUUUACACGGUGGGUUGGAAUUGAUGAAGGUGAGGAUGAGUAA